UGUAGGAGAAUUUUGAAUCAACCACAAAUAUUGUUGCCUAUUGAUAAUAACAGUAACGAUAAGAAGAGAAUUAUAGCAAACAAUAUAAAUAAACCUCACUAGUAAUCAAAUUAUAUUUACAAAAUACCUUAUAUUUACAAAAUACCUAAGUAAAUGUGAUAGAUUCUUGGUAAUGAGACCAAUCUGGUAAAGCCUAAGUUCUACUUUAUUGGCUGCCUAUUGGGUUUUCGUUUUAAUACAGAUAUAACAUUAUAUGAUAUUUGGCUACUUAGAAUUACAAACUAUUUUAAUUUGUAUUUGCAGUGGAGGGCCUCUAUAUAUCCUAUAUUACAUAUAUAUUUAAGUUUAGAUCACCACCAAGUGGUUUUACCUGAGGAAUAGGACAAGCCCCAACUUUUCUGUGGCUUUUGUAUCCUCUCUCUCUGUGAAGCCUGUUUUACCAAGUCUCCUCCUUCAUCCUCGCCACUUUUCACCUAUAUAUACAUACAUACACACAUACACACAUACACAUAUAUAUAUAGAUAUAAGCAAGAGCAGAUUGCAAACUACUUCACAAAUCAAAUCUAGAAGUAAUUAAAAGAAAGAGAAGUAUGCUUGAGAAGCUUUGGGAUGAUGUUGUGGCUGGACCUCAGCCAGACCACGGCCUUGGAAGACUGAGGAGAAUCGCCACCGGCAUCACAGAUACGGGAGAAGGACGAAAGUAUCAGAGAUCGCUGUCGAUGCCGGCGAGCCCUGAAACCCCAUCAUCUCCGGCAUCACCGCGUACGGCGGACAAUGUGUGGAGGAGUGUGUUCAACCCUGGUAGCAAUCUGGCCACCAAGUCUAUCGGCUCCAAUGUUUUCGACAAGCCUCAACCCAAUUCCCCCACCGUUUAUGACUGGCUUUACAGUGAAGGCACCAGGAGCAAGCACCGUUGAAGCUCCACUGACCGAUGGCUGCAUGUAAAUACGUGCCAUCGCCGAUGUGUUGCCACGUGUCAAGCUAAAAUUUUUGUCUUUUUAUAAUGACCUUAGCAUUAU